ACACACACACACACACACACACACUUUUCCCCAUGUCUAUCUCAGUUUCUCUCUGCAUUCUUUUGUCUCUGUUUCUGUCCCCAUUUGAUUUUUUUUUUCAGUUUUUUUUCUGUGAUCUCUCUCUGACCUUCAUGAAUAACCCUUCUUUCCCAGUUCAGUUUGAUUUUUAAAUUCUUUUAUAAUAACCUGACCCUGCUGUAUUCCCCUUCAGGUAUUCAGUGAUCCAGUGACGUAAGAUUUCUCUUUGAUCUUCAUCUCCCUGCCCUAAGCGUUUUCAUUAACCAUUCCCCAUUCUUGAAGUUCCCUCCCUUCUUAUCUUUACCUAUCAGGUUCCUUCAAAUCUCAGCUAAAGAUCCACUUUCUGCAAGAAGCCUACUAAUCCUCUUUUACACUUGUGUUUUCUCUAGGAGAUUACCUACAAGUUUAGUCUCUUGGAUGUACAUAGUUGUUCUCAUGUUCUCUUCCCAACUAGACUUUGAGUUCCUUGAAAGUAUGGACUGUCUCCCUGUGCAACAAGAAAACUGUUCAGUUCUGCACACAUAUAUUGUAUCUAGGAUAUACUGUAACCUAUUCAACAUGUAAAGGACUGCUUGCCAUCUGGGGGAGGGGGUGGAGGGAGGGAGGGGAAAAAUUGGAACAGAAGUGAGUGCAAGGGAUAAUGCUGUAAAAAAAUUACCCUGGCAUGGAUUCUAUCAAUAAAAAGCUAUUUAAAAAAAAAAAAAAGAAAGUAUGGACUGUCUUUUGUCAUUUCAUCACUUAGAACAUAGUAGGUACUUAAUAAAUGCUUUUGACCAGCUGACCUCAGGCUCUGAAGCCACUAUACUCAGAGUUCCAACAUUUUACUUCUUCACAAUACCCUGAGAAGAAACCAGGACAGUAAUUAUUAUUGCCAUAUUAAAGAUGGGAAACUGAAGUACAGGAAAGUUGAAAGACAUGCUCAAGUUAAAGACAAUUCAACUGGAAAGUGCUUUAGGUUGAAGUAGUAAGACUUAAUUGAUUUUUUUCCUGAAGAACAACAUUUUGUAGCUCCUUCUUUGUUAACAGUAGAGAAUUUGAGUUUCUCUGCAUUUCUAUCAAGAGCCUUUCUGUACCAGGAUCUUUAAGGAAAAAGAAUUGUAGAAUUAAAAAAAAAAAAACAAAACGAUAAUAGCUUUUUAUUUUUCAAAACACAUGCAAAGAUAGUUUUUAGCAUUCAUUUUUGCAAAACCUUGUGUUCCAAAAUUUUCUCCCUCCCUCCCCACCUUCCCUCUCUCCUAAACAGCAAACAAUCCAGUAUAGAUUAAACAUGUCUGAAUUAUAGACUAUUAAAGCCUUUAAAAGCCAUCUAAUUUAGCUCCCUAAUUUUGCAAAUGAGGAAAAUGAGGCCUAAUGAGGAAAAGGAGAUUGUCUCAAAGAUCCACAAAGGAUAAAUAGCAGAAUUCAAAUUUUAACCUAGUUCUCUAACUAAAUUCAAUACCACAUUUCCUCAAACACUGCCCAGUUCUAAUUCUAAUACUAAUAUUCACUUCACGGAUCCAGAUAACUAUUAAACAACUUGAACUUCACUCUAGACCAUCUUAUAAUAUACACUUGAAGUCUGAUGAACGUAUAUGUAACUGUAGUACAUAUGUAUAUUAUUUGCUGUAGAAAUGCCGCAUCAUUUUUUUGAGGGUCUGUGGUGGCAGAAUUGGAAUUAUCCAUGAAAUGUGAGGAUACUCAGUAAAGACAGAUGAUUCUCUAUUUCAGGCAAAAAGUCCACAGUAUCAUCUAUACAUCCAUCCAUCAGUCUGAAGGUAGAGACAUUCUCAUUUGGUCUUUCCAGAGUUCUUUCUACAUCUGCAAGAUUUAGUGCAAGGAUUUAGCUUGAAUAACAGUGACUGAAGGAGAAAUACUCUGGAGGAGACCAAGAUUCCAAGUGAAUAUGGGCAUCUCCUACAGAAAUGUAGUCUUCAGUGUCUUCCUGGGAGCCACAAUAAUAGCCGGAAUCAUUGCUCUCAUCGUCUUUCUUGUGGGUGGCUCAGACAUUGUCCUGCCUCCAGAAACCAAGUAUGGAAUGGUGUUUGAUGCUGGAUCCUCACACACAUCUCUCUACGUCUACAAGUGGCCAGCAAACAAAGAGAAUGACACCGGCAUCGUGAGCCAGACUCUGCUCUGCAACGUGGAAGGACCAGGGAUUUCUCAUUACGUCAAUGACCCAGUGAAGGCUGGGGAGAGCCUGAGAGCUUGUAUGGAGAAGGCGUUGACCCUGAUCCCAGAAGACAGGCAUCAGGAGACUCCCACUUUCCUUGGGGCCACAGCAGGGAUGAGGCUUCUGAGAGAGAAGAAUAGUUCCCAGGCAGAUCGGAUCUUUGAAGAAAUCAGCAAGACCUUGAACCAGUUUCCAGUCAAUUUCCAGGGGGCCCAAAUCCUGACAGGAAAGGAUGAAGGCUCCUUUGGCUGGAUCACUGUUAACUACAUCCUGGGGACUCUGGUGAAGUAUUCUUUCUCAGGGGAGUGGAUCCAACCCCCUAUGGCUGAGAUGGUGGGAGCCCUAGACCUAGGUGGAGCUUCGACACAGAUCUCCUUCCUUCCACUUGACCCCAUUGCUGACCCAAGCACCCAGGGCACCUUCCGCCUCUAUGGAUUUAACUACAGCAUCUACACACACAGCUACCUGUGCUAUGGGCAGAACCAGAUGCAGAAACGCCUCCUGGCACAUUUGGUACAGAUCAGACCUUUUGAAGUGGUUCGCAACCCAUGCUACCAUGGUGGAUAUGAGGAUAUGACAUCUCUGGCCGACUUGUAUGACACACCUUGUGUCCAGAACUCCCAACACUUUGGUCUCCCGAGGAACGUCAAGGUGGAGGGAACAGGAAACCCAGAAGCUUGUUACUCUGCUAUCUAUAGUCUCUUCAACUUCUCCACCUGUCAGGACCAGAAAGACUGUGCCUUUGAUGGCAUCUACCAGCCUCAGGAGCAUGGCCAAUUCUAUGCAUUUGCUGGAUUCUAUUACACUUUCCACUUCUUGAAUCUCACGGAUGGCCAGUCUUUAUACACUGUGAAUAGGACUAUUUGGGAAUUCUGCCAAAAGCCCUGGAAACAGGUGGAGGCUAACUACCCUGAGCAGAAACAAAGGCUACCCACCUAUUGUACUAAUGCCAUGUACAUCCUCAUCCUCCUGACCAGAGGCUACAAAUUUGAUGAUGCAACCUGGAACAACAUUCACUUCCGCCGACAGGCUGCAGGUACAGACAUUGGCUGGACCCUAGGCUACAUGCUGAAUAUGACCAACAUGAUCCCGGCUGAGGCGCCAGUCAUUCAGAUGACAGAAAGUUAUGGUGUCUGGAUUGCUGGUAUCUUCUUUAUUGUCCUGGCCAUUUUAACGAGCAUUAUUUUUGGAGUCAUCUACUGUUUUUGGAGCCCUGACUAGGUCUCAAACUUAAGUCACUGUGAUGAACACCUUUGGGGUGAGGCCAGAGGAGCAUGAUUCUGAAUUUCUGAUCAACUAAAAGACUGGUUUAUUUAACUCAUGGGGGAAAUCAUUCCAUGUCAGCCUGGGGACUUCAAAGUCUAUAGGAGGGAACUUCUGUUUCUGACAAGUUUUUGAGGUUCCUUUUAAGUAUGCUGACUAUUGUAUUAUAUGUAUGUUUUCUGUGGGUAAUUCUGAGCCUCAUUCAAUUCUCUGGAAGAGCCUGGGCUUGGGGUGAUAUUUAGGCAUUGAGGGAGAGUGACAGUCUAGGGGCUGAAGUUGGGGUGUGGGAGUAUGUCGGUUGGGAGAGAGAGGACUGGGAGAAGAGGAGAGAUAGCAAGGUAUAAUGAAUAAAGAACUUGAUUGAAGAUUUAGGAUACCUAAACCUAGUGCUGCCUCUGCAAACAGCUAGUUGUAUGACUAGGACAAGCAAUUUCCAAUUUUGGAACCUCAGUUUUUUAAUCUAUAAAAUAAGGCAGGGGAGGGGUGCAGACCAGAUCAUUGAGGGUCUCUUCCUGUUCUGCAAUUAUAUGAAAAUGACAGAAUGAUUGAGGGAGCUCUGAUUUUUUUCAGAAAGGGAUUUGGGGGAUGCCUAAGAAUGACAUCCAAGUAUCCCUGGAAUAUGCACUCAUAUUGUUGUCAAAGGUGAACUCAGACCACCAGAGACAGGAAAAGUAGCUUCAACAGUACCAAGCCUGAAUUCAUCUCAGGCUUCUCUAGGCUGAGGAUUUUUGUACUUUUUCCUCUCUUCAUCUGGAUAUGGUUACCUUAUUCUAUAAAACUUGAUCCUCCUCCUUCCCUCUCAGUCCUCAAAUCCCAGCCUUUUGACUCUUAAGUGUUAUCAUCCUACAUACUUUUAUGUUGAUUUUUCCAUAAUGUCUUCCCCAUAGAUUGUGAGCUCCUUGAGAGCAGGGACUGUCUUGUUGUAUCAUCAGCAUUCAACACAGUGCCUAACACAUAGUAAGUGCUUAUUAAAUGCUUUUUGACUGAUUAGGGACCUUAUUGACCCCUCAAACCUUCAAACCUAAGUGGCUUCAUUCUGCCUAUGGUUCCAGAGGCACAGCUCUCACUCUAGGGUCCAAAGCCUAAGCCUCUAAACCUGAAGAGUAUUCCAGGAAUACCUUCCUCUGGAUGCCUCAAAGUUUUGGGAAAUGUGCUGUUACUUUUAUUAAAAUUGCACUUAUCCACAGGUUGAUUUCUAGUUUUUUUUUCAGCCUUUAUAUGGCCCACAAAAUCAUUUGCUAAGGCAACCAAGGUGAUGAUGAGUUGAAAGUUAGGUAAAACAUCCUCCCGCUGUUUUGAGUUCUUUCAGUUGAUAAUUUUUAUGGCCCCUGAAUGAUGUUACAAAUAUCCAAAUGACCUUGGCAGAAAAAAAGUACCCCACCCCUGCUUUAGACUGACAUCUGAGUUUGGGUGAGAGAGGAAUAAUUCAUUUCAAUUAUGUUAUUAAAGAUUUAUUUUAUUAGGCACUAUGAUGAGCACUGGGAAUAAAAAUAAAACAUCCCCCCUCCUUACCCCCUCCAGGUAUAGUCCUCACCCAUAAGACUUACAUUGCUUCCUGCCUCUAUAUUUAAAAAAGAAACAAGUUUUUCAUCACCUGGCUUCUAGGGAAUAACACUGACAUUGCAAUUAAUCUGAAUUUGGCUGCCUUUUAGUGUUACAUUAAUUUAUAUUAUUAUAAUCAGUAUAUUCUUGCUUUGCACCAAUUUAUACAUAUUUUCCCAUAUUUUUCUGAAUUCCUUAUAUUCUUCAUUCCUUUUUUUUUUUAAUUCUUCAUUCCUUAAAAGUACAAUGAUAUUACUAUACCACAAUGCAGUAAUCUUUCAAUUGCUGAUCACCCACUUUGUUUCUAGUUCUUUGUCAUUAUGAAAAGUACUGCUAGGAUUCCGUUAAUUUAAACAUUUUCUUAUGGAUGAUCUUUUUUAUAUGCUAACUUUCAUUUCUAUAUAUAUUCAUCUCCUUAUCUGUGUUCAGAAAAAAGAGAAAAAAACACAUAACAGAAGACUAAAGGCCCUUUAUCAGUAAGCCAUUCCUUUGUAAUAAAGGAUAAAAGGAGAAAAAAGUUUACUUAGUAAGACUAACAUCAGCCAAAAGGGGGAAGGGAAAGGAAUAAUCUCUUAUAUAGUUCUUGUUAUGUGUCACACUGUAUUGUUCCAUGCUCAUAGUUUGCUAGUUUUGCAAAGAGAAAUGCAGUUUUUCACUGGGCUUAAAACUGGGUCAUAAUAUAAUUGUUUCUUUUCUUGUUUUUUUCUACUUAUAUUGUUAUCAUUGUCUAUAUUAUUUACACCACUCCAUAUUUAUUCAUAUGAUUCUUCCCAUGCUUCUCUAACAGGUAUUGGAGCUGAACAUAUAUACUCUUGCUCCAGGGAUUCACAUUUUCUCUUGCUUGUUAUAUGCCCAAUGCUAAGGAAAAUUUCUAUAAUAAAGUUUGGGUAUAAAGUUCA